AUGAAACUCCUUCUUCUGGUCACUCUGCUCACAGCAGGCACAACUGCACAGAGCAUCAGCCCUCAGCCUGUGUGGCAGUUCCACAAUAUGAUCAAGUGUAUCAUCCCCAGGAGUCAUCCCUUGUUGGCGAACAAUGACUAUGCCUGCUACUGUGGCACUGGGGGCUCAGACACCCCAAUGGAUGACUUAGACAGGUGCUGCCAGACUCAGGAGCACUGCUAUGAUCAGGUCAAGGGCCUGGGAAGAUGCAAACAACUCAUAAAUAACCCCUACACCACCUCCUAUUCAUACUCAUGCUCUGGAAGUGAGAUCACCUGCAGUGACAAAAACAAUGUCUGUGAGGACUUCAUCUGCAACUGUGACCGACAGGCCGCCAUCUGCUUCUCCAGGGUUCUAUAUAACAAAGAGGAAGAAGAG